CCUCUCUCUCUCUCUUAAAACAAGACAUCAUCUCCUUCAACAAAUCGAGUUUCUGUCCCUUACCAAAUCUUCUCUUCUAUCAAAUCCUAAACACAACAAAAUGGCUCACCUUCUGAAAUCUUCUUCAUCAAAAUCAACUCUCCUCAACAUUUUCAGACACAACCUCAUCUUCGGUUCUCCAAACCACGCGUCUCGUCAUCUCCCCCAUAACCUACCACAUAAUACACGAAUCUCACCUAAUCCAAUAACUCGUUUGUGUAACACCAUGGUAGACACGCUCUCACACGAAGACACCAAUCGUCAGGUCAUGGAUUUUCCUGGAGGAAAAGUAUCAUUCACACCUGAGAUUCAAUUCAUACCCGAAUCCAACGAAGACCGUGUGCCUUGCUACCGUGUUCUCGAUGACAACGGCCAACAACUCACCAACAGCCAGUUUGUUCCCGUUAGUGAAGAAAUCGCUGUGAAGAUGUAUAGUGAUAUGGUAACACUUCAGAUAAUGGAUAACAUAUUCUACGAAGCUCAAAGACAAGGGAGACUUUCGUUUUACGCUACUGCUUUCGGUGAAGAAGCUAUUAAUAUUGCUUCAGCUGCUGCUCUUUCUCCUCAUGAUGUUAUCUUCCCUCAGUAUAGAGAGCCUGGUGUUCUACUGUGGCGUGGCUUCACGCUUCAAGAGUUUGCAAACCAGUGUUUUGGGAAUAAAGCUGAUUAUGGCAAAGGAAGGCAGAUGCCUGUUCAUUAUGGGUCUAAUAAGCUUAAUUAUUUCACUGUUUCAGCCACAAUAGCUACGCAAUUACCAAAUGCUGUUGGUGCUGCUUAUUCCUUAAAGAUGGAUGGUAAGGAUGCAUGUGCAGUCACCUUCUUUGGCGAUGGUGGCUCCAGUGAGGGAGACUUCCACGCUGCUUUGAACUUUGCAGCAGUUAUGGAAGCACCUGUUUUGUUUAUAUGUCGGAACAAUGGAUGGGCGAUUAGUACUCCAACCUCAGAUCAGUUCCGAAGUGAUGGUGUAGUGGUGAAAGGCCGUGCUUAUGGGAUUAGGAGUAUACGUGUGGAUGGAAACGAUGCGCUUGCUAUGUACAGUGCGGUGCACGAAGCGCGGGAGAUGGCAGUUAGAGAACAUAGGCCAAUCUUGAUUGAGGCCUUAACGUAUCGUGUAGGACACCACUCAACGUCAGAUGAUUCCACUAGGUACCGCUCUGCAGAUGAGAUAGAGUGGUGGAACAAAGCGAGAAACCCGUUGUCUAGGUUUAGGACUUGGGUUGAAAGUAAUAGCUGGUGGAGUGAUGAAGCUGAAUCUGAUCUGAGAAGCAGAAUCAAGAAAGAGAUGUUAGAAGCUAUCCGGGUUGCAGAGAAGACUGAGAAACCGAAUCUGAAUCACAUGUUCUCAGAUGUCUACGAUGUUCCUCCUUUGAACCUCAGGGAACAGGAACUUCUGGUGAGGAAGACGAUCAAAAGUCACCCACAAGAUUACCCAUCAGAUGUACCUCUUUAAGUAGACUCUUAUCAAAUGCUCCCAUGUAAUAAAAUAUAAAAGAUUAUCUACAUUGCUAAUUGUAAUCUUUUAUUGAAACCUAGAUUAUCUACAACUUCUUUGGUAGAGCACAAACCAGAAUCUGGUAGUAAUGUGUGUGAUAUAACACCAGUUACCAUUUCAGACAGUACAUGUCAUCUCCUCUUCUAUCUGAUAAUGUUGAUU